GGCCGUUCAAGGUCGUUAAAACGAAACGGCGGGCGGCCUUGAAAAGCUCUGACUAACGUCCCGUCAGUGCAUAUAAGACAAGAAACAAGUUGUCGGUUUUUAAUAUUUGAUUUUUUUGCGUUAAAUACUACAGUGAAUAACAAACUGAAUAACCUGCAAACUGAACUUCUUUGCUUCUAUACUUCUUUGUGCUGGACGUGUAGUUUCCAUAGUACGGGAGUCUCAGGAGCAGCCAUAGUUCCCAACUUUUGAAGAAAAUCCUCUAUUACAGGUGUACACAGUUUAUUUCUAUGGAUGAUGUAUUCAAUAGCGAAAUAUCUGAUGUCCAUUCAGAGUUAGAAGUUGGGUCACGAGACUGGGAACGUCGUUCUGAGGAAGUUUAUAGUGCAGGCAUACGAGAAGGAUAUUUUGCUAAAAGUGACGUUGUUUUACAAAAAGAAUUUGAUAUUGGUGUUGAUCAAGGAUUUGCAUCGACGUUUGAACUGGCAGUUUUAAAGGGGCGAUUAUCAGUAAGGUUAUACUAUUCAACAGGCGAAAAACAUUUGAAAAUUAAGAAUCUCGUUAAGUCAAUUGACGAAAAAGAAAAACAGCUUAUAUCACUUGGUUCUAUAGAAAAAGAUCUAACUUACCAACAGCUUGUACAUGAGGCUGAAAUUCUCUUAAAAUCCUAAACAGUAUACUUAUGGGAAAUUUUUGUACAUAGAUUUCGUACUCUUCAUAUUACAUCUUCUUGUUUAUUCUUUA